CCGAACCUAUUUGUAGGGCAUACGGAACCACUAAUAGACACGAUGUGGUCCUUAACCUUAGGGUUCGUAUUUAUAACAAUGGUAGCAUUUGCUUAUCAAGAGCCCAUAGAGAGUUUACAACAUGUUUUAGUGUACCCAAUGGAACCUGGCACAAAAAAAACAAAGCGUGAAGUCAGUGCUGUUAGAACUAGAGUCGACUUCAAUAAGUUCGUAGAAGAAAAAUUAAUACAGCAUACUCAGGCACUGGAACAUCUUGUGAAAUUGGCCCAACAAAACGAAGAAACAAUUAAACAGCUCGUGGCCAUAUUAAGUAGGGAUUUCGAGAAGCCAAAACUCCCCGAAAAACUAGAGGUACAUAACAAAACAAGACGCAGUAGUAUAAACAGUGACCCACCAAUUGUUAGAUUUGGAAGAAAUGUUCCUAAAUACGGAAUGCUCUUCAAGGAUUUAAUAUUAUCAGAAAUGCGAAGUGACGACGAACCGCUAGCUGUUGCUGAACAUGAUAUUUCUAGUUCUAAGUCAGAGUCUCGUCGGUCUUUCGGUAGUAGACCAUUGAUUGUGCCACAAGUUCAAAAUGAGGAUCAACCAAGCCCUUGGUGUUCGGUAGCGAUACUUUGCCGUAGAAGCAUUGACCCUGUUUGUGGAUAUGACGAUAACUUUGGUUACGGAAAAUUUGACGAUAUUUGCCACAUGUUACAAGUUAACUGCUACUGGAAGUACAAUUUCGCCCUAGUACCAUCUUGUAAACCUGUUUUAUAAAUACAAACGUCGAGUGGAUCAAUCAAAAAAGAAAUGAA